AUGUUUCGCCACGUUGAGCUAUUGAAGCGUGAUAACGAUUCUAUAAAGCGAGUUGAGCACUUUGGGUGCUUUUCUCUCCUCCGCAGUCCCUUGUUUGCUGUGAUUGCCCUGCCAGCAGCACAGCAGAGGAUUCAUGUUCAGUGGGUCGCUUGCAAGCACGUGUCUGCUGCAGAUUCUCCAAGCAGUCGCCACACUGCGUUCAUCCCCACAGGCUGUGCGCUGGCACCUGUGGUCGAUCGCCACACUGCGUUCACCCACACAGGCUGUGCUUUGGCACCUGUGGUCGAUCGUCUAACCUUCGAGGUGUUUUGGGUCUUUCGCUGCACUGCGUUCAUCCCCACAGGCUGCGCUCUGGCACCCGCACUGCGUUCGUCCCUACAGGCUGCGCCCUGGCACCCACACUGCGUGCAUCCUAACAGCCUGCUCCGGCACCUGAGCCACACUGCGUUCGUCCCCACAGGCCGCCUACUGCCGCCUGUCGUAGAUCCUCUGACCGUUUCGGUUGUAACCACGCGUCAGCUGCAGAUGCGCCAGAUUAUAAUGAUAGCCACACCGCUCUCGUCCCCACAGGCCGCGUUCCCUCACCUCUCCCUUUGGCGUCCCUUCCCGUUCAGCCGCGUUUUGGCACUCCCAUAUUCCCCCCGUCCCCCGUCCAGGCCGCGAGCUCUGCCGCGCCUCUCUGCCGCGCUUCCCUUCCGCGCCCCCCCUGCGCCAUCUCUACCUGCGCCUGCUUUGUGCCUCUCCUCGCGCUGCUGUCUGCUGCUCCUGCUGAACUCCUGCGUCUCUCCGCCUGCUGUCUGCACGUCUCUGCUUCUGCUCUGCCGUCCACUGUCUACUCGUCCACUCCUCUGCUUCCAUCUACGCGUCUACCACCGCGUCCUCGUGUCUGCAUCGUUGCGUUCAUCCUGCUGUUCGUGUUGUUUGCCAUUGGUCAUCAUCGCCUGUAAUUACGCGGCAGGGAGAGAGCGUGCUGGGGAAAGGGCGAACGCGAGGGAGAGAAGAACGGGUGUGGGCGAACGCGAGCGGGAUCGAGUGGCGCGUGUCUGCUGGCUGCACGUCUGCUGGGAUAACCACAGGCUGCAGGAGAAGACACCCCCUUCUUUGUUGCAGGAUCUUGAAGCACCACCAGAGGGGCAUUUGAGAAGCGGGUGUUGCGCAUCUGCUGUCUGCACGUCUGCUGGGACAACCGCAGGUGCUGAUGGGAAGACGCGAGUGAACAUGAAGAAGGGAAACGAGCGAGUAGGACAACCAGAAGACGCGGGCGGGUUAAGGACAUUCGGCGGCGCUUUUGAAGAGAUAUUGGCACGAGUGACAAGCGAGUGA